CGCCGGAGCAGAGGAAGGAAGAGGAAGAAGAAGAACGCAGGUGGGGGGGGGGUUUGGAAAAAAAAAAAAAACGUGUCACUGUGUGACUGAUAGAUCGCAAAUGACACGUGGUGCGUUAGCCGCACCUAAGACUCUCUAACCGUGUAACUGCACCUCGAUGCUAUGAAUCAUCUAGCUACAAGUAGACAUAUUCAAUUAUUUUUUCCCCUUACAACCUUUUCCGACGAAAUUUCGACGACAAACAUGUCCAUAUAUGGAAUAGAAUAGUAGAAUACUUCUGGGUUUUCUUCUUUUUCAAUUCUUAUUCUCCUCAGGCUUAGAGAACCUCCCCCGCUCUUUUAACGAUCCCAGCCAACGUAACGGCAUCGCCGUCGUCGUUAAACCCAAUCCCCGUUAGCCCACUUCUUCACUAUCCCCAAUUUCCCCAAUCAACAAUUCCUUUCUAUCCAAACAAACCCCAAUCCCAAAUCCGCCGGGUCCUUCAAUUUUCUGGGCUGCUCGUUCUUCUCACAAUAGCUCCAUUCUGUGCUUAAAGUUCGAGCCUUUACAAACUUGGGUUUUGAAUUGCUGAGGAAUAAGCUACAUUGACGCCGUCGCAGAGAAGCAACAACGCCUCCGAUCGCCGCCGCUGGUCGUUUGACUCUACCUACCUUCUCCAAAUCGUAGCGCUUUAUAUAUAAUCAUGCUUGCUGGAGUGAAAUUCAUACCUCGAGAUCAGAUUGAUAAAGAUGAGAAUUUAAAGGCUUCGGCAAAACAGAAACAGAAGAAGGGCUCCGGUAGUAAGGAGGGUAAGCAUAGGAGGGAAAGGAGUUCGGGAUACAGUAGUUCCGAUGGCGAAGAACUUGAGAGAAUAAAGAAGGGAUCUAAAAAAAAGUGGUACUCAUCGGAUGAAUACUUAUCAUCAUCAUAUAGUUCAGAAAAUGAAAGUGAGGGAAGCUCUGACCGAGAUAGAAAGAAGCGUCACACUAAGAAAAAGAAGAGAUCGAGUAGCAGUAGAACAGAAUAUGGUUCAGAAGAUCUUUCAUCUGCUUCUGAUAGUUAUUCUGAUAGGAAAGACAAGCAUAAGAAGAGAAGCCGAAAAGAGGGAAAGAAAAAGAGUGGAGAUAGAAGUCAAAGAGGUAUGAAGGAUGAAGAAUAUUCUGAGGGAGGUAGAGGAACUACUACGGUGAAAGAUGGGGAAAUUGUGAGGAAGAAAAUAGGGUUGGAGUGGAUGCUUAGACCUGAAGGAAAAGAGAGAACACCUGCUAUUACUGUUGAGGACCAGCCCAAAGAAAUUCCAGUUGAAGAGAUAAAGAAGGUUAAUCCUAAGGAAUUAAAUCCAUAUUAUAAGGAUGAUGGAAGCGGUUAUCCAGAAGAUAAUGAUGAACCUAAAUCUGGUGUGAAAUUACCUUCCUCUGUUGUUGGGGAUGGAGGUGCAAGUUGGAGACUUAAAGCAUGGAAGCGGGCACAAGAGCAAGCAGCUCGAGAAGGACAAGGGAUCCACGAGGUUGUUGGGGAGCGUCAUGGUUCUCUCGGUGAACUAGUGGCCUCUGUGCAUUCAAAUAAAGCAGCCCAUUCUCGUGCUCAUUUACAUGCAAUACAAAGUAGAAAAAAAGGGGUGAGUGAGGAACAGCAGCCAGGUUCCAACAAUGACAUGGAUAAAAAGGACACUAGUCGAAAGGAUGUAUCUAUCCGACAUCCUGAAAUGAGGGAGCCUAAUGUUCAAGGUUCUUUUUCCUGGAGAAAACAAAAGGGUCAAAAGAGUCGAGAUAUCUCUACCAAGGACUCUGCUCUUCUAGCAGAUGCAGUGUCUAGCAUAAACAGGUUUUCCAACGAUGGAAGCUUCCUGAGUGAACUUAUUCGUAAGCAGACUAAUGAUUCCAGAAAUCCUGUUAACGAAAAUGUACUAGACACGAGAAAACCCAGCGAAGCCAGUGCAGCUGCCUCUGUGGGUGAUCUGAGUGCGAACCAGUUGGCAGCUAAGGCUUAUCAGCUUAAGAUGAAAGGGAAGCUUGAGGAAGCUGAGGAACUUCUGCAAGAAGUAGAAAAUCUUAAGGGAAAGCAGGGUGCUGGAGAAAAUCCGAUGAGACCACAAUUUGAAAGAGGUACAAACAGAUAUGCUAUGCAGGAUAUGUCGCUCCGUCAAAAGAAAAAGGAUGAUGAUGGUGACAUGCAUCUAGCCCAAAAGAUAAUGCAGAACAAAAAGUAUAGUAUAUCUGGUCGGGCAGAUGAUGAAUAUGACUUUGAUGAUGGUCCAAGCAGAAAGUCUAAAAAGAAGCAGGGAAGUGAUGAUCGCAAGGUCACCCAGAAUAAUACAUUUGCAAAUCGUUUCUCCAUUCAGCAAGAACGCUGCCUUUUCUGUUUUGAAAAUCCGAAGAGACCAGCGCAUCUGGUUGUGGCAAUUGGAAAUUAUUCAUAUUUGAUGUUGCCACAGCAGAAGCCUGUAGUGGAUGGUCAUUGCUACGUUUUGCCGAUGCAGCAUGUACCAGCCACAAGAACUCUUGAUGAUCAUGUGUGGGAAGAAAUUCGAAAUUUCAAGAAAUGCCUUAUUAUGAUGUUUGCAAAGCAAGAGAAGGAUGUUGUGUUCCUUGAAACAGUGAUGGGGUUGGCUCAACAGCGCCGCCACUGUAUAAUCGAGUGCAUUCCUUUGCCCCAGGAUAUAGCUAAAGACGCUCCCUUAUACUUUAAGAAGGCAAUUGAUGAAGCUGAAGAUGAGUGGAGCCAACACAAUGCCAAAAAGCUUAUUGAUACAAGUGUAAAGGGAUUGCGAGGUUCAGUUCCAGCUAACUUCCCAUAUUUCCAUGUGGAGUUCGGUUUAAAGAAGGGGUUCGUCCACGUGAUUGAUGAUGAAACACAGUUCAAUAGCAGCCUUGGCCUGAAUGUUAUAAGAGGCAUGCUAGAGUUGCCUGCGGAAGACAUGCAUCGUCGUGGAAGGUAUGAGCCAGUGGAAGCGCAAAAGCAAGCCGUUAAGAGGUUUGAUCAAGAGUGGGCACCGUUUGACUGGACAAAACAGCUACAUUAAUCCUAAUGGUUCUCAUCAUUUUGAAUAUGGCUUUUCACUUAGAUUUCUUCACCAGGGUUUAGCUUGCAUCUCAUUAUAGGAUAGACACAUGUGUACUAUACUUUUAGCAUUGGAAAGAGAUAGUUGACUGGGAACUACGAGGGAUAUCCCACAAGGGACAGUCAGUUUACUGUAUCACAGCACUCGUAGCCAAUGGUACAUUAAUCUUGUAGAAGUGUACCUGAAUACGGUUGCUGUGAAAUUGUUUCUUAGGUCAAAACCUUUUCGCCUUGUUGAUAAGGAACCUCUUCAGUUGCUGGCUUGCUGCUAGUCAGUAUAUAAAGUUCAAGCAAAAAUGAAAAUCGUGCCUCAAGAUGCAAGACAUAUGUAAAGAUGUCAACAUGGAACAUAUAAUGCAGCAGUUCAUCAAAUUGUCUUUAGA